AUGUAUAAUAAUCAAUUACCUCCGUUAAGUACUACUGAUAAACCUGUGAAUGGUGAUUCACAGGAUAUAAAACAAGAACAGCACGAUGACCUUCCAAAUAAUCACUCCAGAAUGUCUAUAAAUCAAUUAUGUAACGAUACUGACGAUGAGGUAAAAGAAGCCGCGGCUGUUCUAGAAAAUAUGAAACAAGGUCUUCCAUCAAUCGAAAUACCUCCUCAUUCUACACAAAUAGAACACGAUGGUUCAGGGCAGAUGCCAACCUCACCUUUAGGUGAAACGGACAAUACUUUAAUGUCACGAAUAGGAGACGAUGAUGUAAUAAUCGGGGGUGAAAAGGAUGGGGCUUCUGGUCAAAAUGAUUGUGAAUCUCGAAAAAGGGGUGUUCAUGGUGAAUUAAGAAGUUCAUCUCCUUCAUACAGAUCACCCUCUCGAUCUCAUAGAUCUUCUCAAUCAAAUGGUUCUCAAAAUAGUUCUUCUCUUUACUCUUAUCCUAAUAACAACAAUUACACAGCGUCAAAUCCUACUACUACCUAUGCUACUCAGCACAUAGGAAACCAAAUUGCUGCCUUAAAAAGUAUCAUUGACAGUUUUACCUCACCUGCUUCAAGUGGUGCUCUUAUAACUCAGUCAACUUCAAAACUUGCUUCAAUUAAAAAGGAAGUCGUCGAUACUCUUCGCAAAGUCAUCGAGGUUGUUUCUAAAUAUGCCAGCAUUUGUCUUCCUGAGCAUGCUAAACAUAACGUCAGAAGUUUUAUAUUAAGUCUACCUUCAAGAUGGGCUUCUAUCAAUCAUUCUGAUCACUCUUCUUCGGCUUCUCCCACCGCUUCUCCUCGUUUGGCUCCUUCAAAUGCUCAUAUCAAUCAAACCACUGAUUACGCUCGUCGUUUGUUAAGUUUAGCAAACGAAUCCCUUGAUAUGCUUCGUAGCGUUGCUGGUAUAUUUAGUGAAACUGUCGGCCGUGCUGAAGCUUGGGUUGAACGUUUAAGUUCUUUUGGUGUAACUGGUGGCGGUGCUAAUGCUAUGGGUCAUAUCCAUUUUGAUAGCAUUCCUCAGCCAAAUGGUAACGGUUAUACUUACAGUCAAGCUACUAGUAGUCCCCCAUCUCAUUCUCCUGUAACUCCUCGUUCGCGUAGAACUUCUACUAAUUCGGCCCGUAUGAACAGGAGGUUUCGUACUACUCAUCCCCUUAUAGAUGAUGAAGAUGAUGAUUUUUCCGAUUCUUCAUCUGAAUCUGAUGCUGAGAGUAUGCGCAUGGAGAUGGAUGGUCGUCGUGUAAAGUCAACUUCUCAUUCUAAUGGUUCAUUAAAUGGUGCAAAGAAAAGAAAAAAAGCUGGAAAAAAAUCCGAAAAUGAUAGAAUGGAUCUUUCUUAG